AUUAAGGCUAAUAACAUUGAAAAGACACACUAAUGUCAAACAUGAAAAUAUAUGAAACUAUAACAUAAUAAGUAUAAAACACAUAUGAUUAUGAAAAACAGACAACCGCGCGCCGCGCGGGUGCUAGUUUCACAUUGAGGAGAGAGACAAACCUUAUCGUCUUCUUCGUCUUCUUCCUGUCUCUCCCAACUACACACCAUAAGCCUUGAUCAUCCUGUCAGAUUAGUGCAAAAGAGUAUUGUUUAUGUUCAGAACGAGGAAGAGGGUUUUUGUUUGAGUCAAGGGAGAGUUGGGAUUCAAGACGAACGGUUUUUUGAUGGUAUGAAUUGUUGACGAGUCUCAUCUUCAAGAUGGACAGCAAUGGUUUACCCGUGGAUGCUAUCAACAGUGGCAAGUUCACUGAUGUUGCAUCGGUCCAAGUUUGAAGCGGAGGUUGCUGCUAUAUGUAUAUGGAUGUUACUAAGGUUGAAGCAUACCUCGACCGCUACGAAGAGGAAAUUCCACAUCAGAUUUCUGGAUGCAACAGUGUCCAAGACAUGAUUGACGUUAUGCCUUUGGUCUCUCUCGUCACCAGUCGCUAUGAACUAGCGAGAAUCAAGACGGGAUGGAAGGACAUUGAUGUGGAGAAUAGACUAAGGAAGUUGGACUCGGUUGGAACUGAUUUGAUAGAAUGGGCAGCAACACAUAUGAAUCCAAUGUCUCUCGUGAUGAUCUUCUUCAACCACGGGAUUGUUUCUGUCAACACAAUUGCCUCUACCCGCAAUGUAAGGAGAGUUCAUGCUUUAGCACUCACAACAGGAAUGCUUGAAGAUGAAUGGAAUCGAUCAAGGAUGAUACCAUUGUAUCUACAGUCAGCUAAAUCUUCUCUGGAAGUUGAACAUUUGGCUUCUGUAAAAGAUUUUUGUGAAGCUAUCUCUACAGUCAACCAUCUCGUUUCUCUCUACCGACAAAGUGCUGCUGAAACCGGAUGGAAAGACCGUUUUCUGGAGAAGAAUCUAGAGAAGAUGACUGUGAUUGUGAAUGAUCUAGAAGACUGGGUAGCAUCUAAGAAUCCAAACUCACUGGUUAUGAUUUAUCUCAAGCACGGGAUUGUUGGUUCUGUCAACACAAUUUCCAUUCCCAACAAAGUAAAAAGAGUUCAUGCUUUAGCACUCAAAACAGGAAUGCUUGAAGAUGAAUGGAAUCGAUCAAGGUUGAUGGGAUUAUACUUACAGGCAUCAACAUGUACUCUGGUUGACUGCGAGAGACUAUUCCAUGGUGCAGAAAAGAAGGGAUUGCUUCUCUUCAACCAGAUGCUGACUGUCUAUUCGAGGCAUGAUCCUGACAAGGCUAAGAGACUGUUCGAUGAGCUGAUCGGAACUUGUCCUCCUGAUGGUGCUACAUACAUGGGCCUUUUACAUGCAUUAAGCGUUGGAGGUGAACCUUGGGAAGCGAUUAAGGUCAUUCAGCAAAUGGAGAGUCGUGGGGUUCAACCUGACCCUCGACACUAUGGAGUUGCAGUUGACAGUUUUGCUCGGACGAGGACACCAGAUUUCAUCAAGGCAGCUAUCGAUAUUCUCAAAUACUUUCCAUCUGCAGAGCAUGAAGUGACAAUCAACAGCAUUCUCAGCCGUUGUGUCCCUCCUUCUGGUGUGAAGCCUGUUUCUGCAAAAGAUGAGUUGGAACUUAAGGAAACCAUGAAACAAGCUCAGUUGGAUCUUGAGGAAAUCAUCAAACAAGCUCUGGUUGAGGGGUUGGAUCUUGGGAAAGUCAUCAAACGAGCUCUGGAUCAGGGGUUGGAUCUUCAGCGAACCCUCAAACAAGCUCUCAGUGAGUUAUAUCAUCCGGAAACCAUCAAACGUUUUCAGGAUGUGUUGGAUCUCACGAAGACCAUCAGAGAUGCUCAGGUUGUAUUGGAUCUUCUAGAAACUAUCAGACAUGCGCAGGAUUUGGUGGACUAUCUGGAGAAGAAGGAGUCCAAGUAUGCUGUUCAGGACAAGACUCAUUGGAGGCUCGCAAGGUGGGGGUUGAAGUGGCCCAGGCGUGUUACCAAGAACUAGGAGCAGGUGAAUCGGAUAUGACGUGGAAGAUGAAGAAGUAAGCAAGGAAGGAAGGAAAGAAGGAAGAUCUGUCUUGUUUUAUCUGUUUGCUUUUGGAGAAACCCUUAUUAUCUAUCCGUCUGUCUGCCUUUGGGAGGAUUCAUAACAUUGAAACCCUUAUUAUCUAUCUGUCUGUGUGUAUAUAUUUGGUUUUCAUGUGUUGUGUGAUUGAUUCCCUAUCCCUUCGGGACAGUUUCUUCCCGUUUCUGAUGCUC